AUGCUCGAGCUAAUGCCAUCUUCCAUUGUUGAUGUCGGGUCAGCUCGUUUGAAGAAGGCGGUAGAUAAGGAAUUAUUCAUCUCUCGAUGUCGAAACCGAUUGAAAGGGAAAAAGAACCUCAAGAAGUACCUGCCUGAACGCUUCAGUUUCCUCUACCAGUUCCUAUGGAAUCAGAUGCCUACAACCAUCUACGAGAACAUUAUCGGAAGACUCAACAAAUCCCACCAGGAGUACCGCACCAAAGUAAUUAGCUCGAUGGUCCCCGACGAGGUGCUGUACAAUCCGGAUGACUACAAACCCAUCAAGUUUAUGACGGCGAUGAUGUUUCUCGAUAUUUCAGGAUUUACAGAUUUAUCUGAGCUGUACAGCAAUCCGGAGAAUGGAGGCGCUUCAAAGUUAUCGCAGGUUCUCAACAGCUACCUGAGCGGGAUUGUGCACGAAAUACUGGGACACGGCGGAGAUAUACUUAAAUUUUCUGGUGAUGCAAUGCUCGUCAUAUUCAAGUCAAAUGCUUCCGUUUCCCUGCCGGACGCCAUCCAUCGGGCCAUCGAUACUGCGAUUAUCAUUCAGCUCACCUAUGGCCAUUACAAGACGGACGUCGGUGUGACACUACGUGUGAAGAUGGCAGUGUCUGCCGGAGAGGUCUAUUUUGCACUGGUCGGCAAUGACUCGUUUUCACACUACAUCGUCGUCGGACAGCCGGUGUGGAAGGUAAAAUUAGCCGAGCGGAUUGCACAGCCCGGUGACAUUAUUGCCACGUAUAACGCAUGGAGCUACAUUCAUGAUAACGAGUAUGUUUGGGAGCCUUGUCCGGACAGGGUGCAUUUGAAAAUUAAAAGUUUCACAAGCGUCUGGCGCUCUACAAAGAGGAUUAUCUUUACCGACUUUACUUCCCGAGAAGAUCAGGAGAGCGAGGAUUCGAUGGAACUCGAAGAUAAAAUUAGAAUCGACAGUGAAAUGCUUGCCAUUCGCCCAAGGUUAAAACAUGUAACAACCCAUAUAGUGUCGUCAUCGCUGCAAAAAUUUCUCAUAAAGCCCGUACUAAACGCAGUGGAAAAUAAUGAACCACUGGAGCUACUAACGGAGAUGCGCCAGAUUGUGACCGUGUUCUUGAACAUUGUCUUAAAACCGAGACAAAUCGGUGAGCUGGUUAAAGAAAUUAACUCAAUCUUUAACUCGGUUUGCAAAAUUGUUGAAGGAUACGAAGGCAUCGUGAACAAGCUAUCGCUGUUCGACAAGGAUGUAAUGUUUCUUAUCAUUUUCGGACUUCGAGGCAUGAAGCAUGAAAUGGACAGCCAAAUCGCACUUCACUGUGCGUCCGAAAUACAGGAGACUUACGCGAAGCAUCCUUCGAUCUUGUCCGCCUCGAUCGGUAUCACUACCGGAGUGGCGUACUGUGGCGUCGUUGGACAUACGGUCCGGCGGGAGUAUUCUGCCAUUGGAGUCGACGUGAACAAGGCGGCUCGGCUAAUGAUGGCCUACCCGCACAAAGUGACGUGCGAUAAGAGUACGUUCAUGAUGAGCAAGCUAGAUCCGGCCCACUUUACUCUCCAGGACGCUAUCCAACUGAAAGGGCUGCACAAUGUUGGUCCGAUCUAUGAGUUUCGGCAGUUUGUCGCGGAGCGCGAAUUACUUAAACCAACGGUGUACAACUAUCCCUUGGUCGACCGGGAUCAGUUUAUUGAAAUAUUUCAGGAAAUGGUCGAAGAUGGAACGGUACUCGCGCAACAGGCAUCGCAAAACGCCAAAACGGAGUUCCCCGCUGGCCAGUGGUUUCAAAAUUGUCUGCUGAUACGAGGAGAAGCUCAGAUUGGCAAAACCCGGCUAGUGAAUGAGUUCUUUUACCUUGCACUGCGCAAUAAGCACAUCAGUUCGCUGUGUUUUUCACUCAGUUUAAAGGAUUCGAAGGUAGGGUCGGUUGGUCCGUUUGUUUAAUGUAUAUUUAAGUUGCAGAUUUACAAAAAUCAACUGAUCCUAUCUUUGCAGAAACCAUUUUCAGCUGUUAGUUUGUGUAUAUGUCGGCCACUCGGUUUCACCGAAACUAUAACGACGGUUACGAGACAGAAUCGUACGAAGCAGUACCUACGCGAGCACAAGAUGGAUCAGUAUCUUUCGCUGCUGAAUGAAAUUCUUGGCACAAACUUUAUCGAAACGGAAGCGGUCCGCAGUUUGACGAAGGUUGAGCAGGAUUCCUCGAGAAAGGAAUUGUUCCGCUUUCUGUGCCAGAAGACUUUUCAAAAUCUAUGGGUGCUCAUUAUCGACGAUGCCGAAUUUAUCGACGACGAUUCGUUCGCGUUGUUUGACGUGUUCUGGGAAAUGCCACAAAUCGUCACCGUGCUUACGAUCGGCUACCAGAAACGCCUCAGCCCAACGCGAGCGCGGACACUCGACAGCCCGCACGUAUGCCAGGUUAAGCUGCCUCCGAUCGAAAUGCUGCUACACAAGGCGGUUGCCUGCCAGUUCCUCAACGUUAACGCGAUUCCGCUGGACUUGGAACGACUUCUCCACACCAUCAGCGAUGGCAAUCCGGGAUGGAUUAACACGUUCCUGCUUUGCCUGCGUCAAAGCGGGCUACUGAAUGUCAAGCGUAUGGGAUACUAUGAGGCUCAGGCCGAGGGUUACGUGUUCUGUGAGUCGACGCUUCUGCAGCGCGAACACGGAACCAACACGAGUACCAUGGUGCGGCCAAGCCUGACCGAUUGGAAGCUGUUCGAAGCUACGUUCGAGCCAGAGGAGCAGGACCCCUUCCUGGAGCCGGCCGAUCAGACGUCAACGCUGUUGAACAAGAUCGUCGACGUCGCGUACCUCACGGGUGUGAUCGAUACUCGGGACUACAAGACGUCACGCAACCUGGAAGCGUUCCAUCUGAUGCUGUACGACUCGCUGUCCGCCUUUGAGCAGCUCGUAUGCAAAUGUGCUGCCUUUUUGGGGCAGAAGUUUCUACGCGCCUCGCUCAUGCACACGAUGGUCACCGAGAGUGAAUGGGACGUAGCCAUCGCAACGAAAAAGCUGUUUGACCUUCAAAUACUCUCGUGUGCCAUUGGAGACUUUAGCGAAGGCUUCCGGUUGGCGCAGAAGAAUGUCAACAGCGACUGGCUAGGACGGAGUGAAUGUGGUUGCGUUGCACUAGAUGUAGACCGCACAUGCAAGGAUCUGCCUAAAUACGCCGUUUGUGGCUACUGCAAGUUUAAUUCCAGCGAGUUUCAUCGUACGGUGUACAAUCUGGUGACGGCGGAACAAAAAAAGCAAUACCAUAGCAAUGCUUUGGAGUUUAUAGAAAGCGAAACAAGGAGAUGCAACUCCUGUGGAGCUACACCCUUCAAGAAUCUGAUGAGUAGUGAAGAAACGUACGAGAUUCAGAUUGGUUGCCGAAGUUCUGUGGAAGCAGAAGGAAAUGAGAUUUUAGCAGAAACCAGUACCAGUCGUUUUUCAUUGUACUCCUCCCAGCCAUCGGUAAUAUUCGAUUGCUUUAGAAACCGACGCAGCUCUACUCGCCGUGCACCGGUGCUCAGCUACGGAGCGUACAGUUUCGUGUCCUGCAACUGCAGCAUGAUUCUGUACAGCGUGUUCAGCGAAAUCGUGCUGCACAGCAAAGGUGCGGGAAUGCUUGAGAAGUGCAUCGAGGCCAACAUAGAGUGGGCCCGGGUAUGCAUUAAAAUGGGAAACAUUCCGAAAGCCAUCACCAUUCUCGAGGAAGGCGAAAGGCUGAUGGAACACAUAGAAACAGCGAAAAAUGUUGCCCUCGUGACGUACCUUAGAGGGCGCCUGUACACCAUGAUGGCGAAUGCGAAGUACCGUCUGGAGCAGUACGAUCGAGCGAUCGAGCUGUACUACCGUGCGUCCUCGCUGAUGGGGAUGCCGUUUCCACGUUCUCGGGUAAAAGCUCGAUUAAAAACAUUCCUUUUGCAUGCUAAAGUCAAGAAACUGCUAGAUCCGAAAAACGGUGCCCAGCCAUCGAUGAGAAGAAGUCUGUUUUAUUGCUUAAUUGUGUCACAGAUAGCCAGCUGCUUUAAUAGCAUGCACAAGAUGUUUGUGAAGCUACGCGAUUGGGAUAGGGCUGCCCUUGCAGCAAUUUGGGGACUGAAGCACGCCCUGCGCUAUCGUAAAGGAAGUGCGGUGCUAGUGAACUCGUUCGCGAAUUGGUUUAACACUGCAUACCAUGUCGGUUUCUCCGAGAGCAUUGCGUGGAUGCAGGAGCGUUCGUUGUUGAUUGUGGCCGAGAAUGUACAAUGGGUCAAUGCAGAGUAUCUGGAAGCGGUGAUGCGAUUCUACACGGCACUUUUUCUAUGUCAGACCUUAAGAUCAACGAAAACGUUGUCGAUCGAGCUGGGUAGGGUCGUGUUGCAGAUCAACAAAAACCUCCAGUAUCAAUCGAAUGACUGGCAAAUCAUUCCUAUUCUCUGCGAGUUACUGCUAUCCCAACGUCGCGUCGGGGAUACGGUGCAAAUCCUUCAGAAUCUAUGGGAUCUCGUGCGCCAUAGUCGGGAUCGUAUUGGUCUCAUUUGGUAUUACGCCCUCUGUCUUGACGUGCUGCUGGAUACAAGCUGUACGAUUGUUCCGUACCGGAAGUCCGAGCACUUUUACUUUGAGAACCGACAAUCAUUCGUCGGUGUGCGCGAACGCUACGCCAUAUCGCGGUUGUAUGCGAACCUCUGGCUAUGGUGUGUCCGUUACGGGGCAUGGACUGCGGCGGAUAACUGGGUCGUACUGCUGCAGGAUCAGUUCUCUCUCAGUGCGCACGGUUCGACCAUCAAUGUCGGCACAGCCCUUCGAAUUGUAGAGGGCCUGAUCCUAGCGCUGAUUCAACACAUCGAGACCCGAAACGCGGCAAUGAUCGGUCGAGUGCGGACUACCAUCGAGCAGCUGCUGGAGCGUAUCGAGGAGGCGCUUACGAUCAGCAAGAAUCACGUGGCCAAGUACGAGCUGAUGCGUAUCUACUACCGGCAAGUAGUAGCUCCCAGUGAUCGGGUGUUCCGACGGCUGGCGGACGCCUCGAAACUAGCCCACAGCAGGAACGAUCAUCUCUGUUACGAUCACAUCAACCACACGGCCAAGUUUUGGAACCGCGAACUGUCGCCGGCACUGGAAACCUUCUGGCUCGAUCACGGUGCCGGAAGCGAGCCGAUUCAUAACGCCGCAGGAGGCGGUAGAACGGUGAGCGAGGAUCGGACGCAUGGCCGGAGCUUUGCUGCCAGUUCAGCAUUUGGCAUUAGCAACGAGCAGCUGUACGACUUUGCGAGCUGCCUACAGAACCACGAACGAAUCUAUCCCUUUUCAAUGCCACUGCCAAGAGCUCGGUUCCGUUGA